AUGGCUGAACAACGUAUCCCCAGCAUCAAUCCAGAUGAUCCGGAUGUACACGCACCUGCCUCCACUUAUUAUACCACUGGCUUAAAUGCAAGACAACGUACAAGAACAUACACUAAAGGGCGUUUACAAUUGCCACCUCGUGGAAUGGAGUUGCCACCCUAUCGUCGAGCUUCACACGAUGAUAAGAACAAAGCAACCAAGUUCCUUAUUGACGUGGAAGAGACACAGCGAUUGAUCUUGGAACAAGAAGACACUGACGGCGACUUUCAAAUCACUAUCAACGAUCUUGGUCCAAAGACGUUGCAGCUUGGCACUGCCGACUCGGGUGGCUAUCGCAAGAUUGAUAUUCGUGGCACGUACAUGCUCUCCAAUCUUUUGCAAGAACUUGCAUUGGCGAAUGAUUAUGGGAGGAAGCACAUUGUUCUUGACGAAGCUCGUCUCAAUGAGAACCCAGUGGAUCGUCUCUCACGCAUGAUUAGACAUCAUUUCUGGGAUGGACUUACACGUCGUAUUGAUGCCGAUACCAUCGAGGUGAUUUGUGCAGAUCCCAAGAAUCGAUCCGCCAACCACAAUCCACGCAUCUAUAUUCCACACUCUGAGACUGAGGUGUACGAGUAUUAUCAAGAAGUGGCACGACAACGCUCUCAUUUGAAUUUGGAAGUUGUUUAUUUGCCCAAAGACAUCACUCCUGAAUAUGUCAAAAGCAUCAAUGAUCGACCUGGUCUAUUGACAUUGGCCAUGAAAUCACACAUUGAUCCAUUCGGCAAAAAGACGUUGCAUGGUGUUCCAUUUGCUGUUCCUGGUGGCCGUUUCAAUGAAAUGUACGGUUGGGAUUCGUAUUUCGUGGCAUUGGGUUUGCUAGCGGAUGGUCGACGUGAGCUUGCACAAGGCAUGGUUGAGAACUUUGCAUACGAGAUCAAGCAUUAUGGAAAGAUAUUGAACGCCAAUCGCUCUUAUUAUCUCACUCGAUCGCAACCACCCUUCCUCACUGAUAUGGCCCACAAGGUGUAUGAACGCAUGCCACAAAGCAAUGAACAAAAGAACAAGGAUUGGCUACGCACGGUGCUUAAAUCAGCCAUCAAAGAGUACCAUACCGUGUGGAUGUGUGAACCACGCCUCGACAAAAAGACCAUGUUGUCAAGAUAUCGUCCUGAUGGUGUGGGCAUUCCUCCUGAAACCGAAGCAUCCCAUUUUGAUCAUAUCAUUGCACCCUAUGCCAAAAAGCAUGGCGUAUCCAUCAGCGAGUUUGACCAAUUGUAUAAUGAUGGCAAGAUCAAAGAGCCCGAACUCGACGAGUAUUUCUUACAUGAUCGCGCUGUACGUGAAUCUGGACAUGACACCACCUACCGCUUUGAUCGUGUAUGUGCCAACCUCGCAACGAUUGAUUUGAAUGCGCUGCUAUACAAGUAUGAGGUGGAUCUUGCUUAUAUCAUCGAACAUGUAUUGGAUGGCGACUUGACCGAUUUCGAUGGUGAGAAGCAAAGUGCUAGCGUAUGGAGAAAACGUGCUGAGGAACGUCGUCAACGAAUUGAUCAAUACCUGUGGAAUGAGGAAAAGAGCCUGUACUUUGAUUAUAAUACGGUCACCGAGAAGCAAGAAAGCUAUGAAACGGUCACUACGUUCUGGGCCAUGUGGGCUGGUUGUGCUAGUCAACAUCAAGCAAAGGCUAUGGCUAAACAUUCAUUAUCCAAGUUUGAAGUAUUGGGUGGAUUGGUAUCAGGCACAGAGGAAUCACGUGGCAACAUUUCCAUCGAUCGACCCAAUCGACAAUGGGAUUUCCCCUUUGGCUGGGCACCUCAUCAGAUCAUGGCUUGGGAAGGAUUUGAACGUUAUGGUAUGAAGGAUAUCGCUCGGAGAUUGGCCUAUCGUUGGCUUUACACCAUUACCAAGAGUUUUGUCGACUUUAAUGGGGUUGUACCGGAAAAGUUUGAUGUCGUUGGUUUAUCACACAAGGUUGAGGUUGAAUACGGCAACGUUGGUGUGGAUUUCAAAUACGUUCCUCGAGAAGGCUUCGGCUGGAUGAAUUCAUCGUACCAACUUGGUCUUGGAUACCUUAACACACACGCACGUCGAGCUCUUGGCACAUGCACAGUACCCGAUUUGCUCUUUGAAAAGGCACUUGCUCGUGAAAGCCAUCUACGAACACCUGAAGAAGAAGAAGAACUUAUGCGACGUCGUCGUUCAUCAGUCAUGGUGGCACGUAAUCUCACACGUAAUGGCAGUGUUUGUGCAGCAGUGACACGCAUUGGAUCGACCGUUGAAGGCAUGAACCACAGCCCUACACGUACACCUAUGGGAAGCCCUAAUCGAUCACCCCUUGGUACACCUUUCCGUUCAGCUGAAGAAACAUGGCUGGCACCUCCCCCACUUAACAACGACGAGCACUUGUCACCACCCGUAUAG